AUGGAUAAAGGACUCUUCUGGUUGCUCGUGCUGCUCAUUGUAACGCUAAUCUACUCUUCAGAAGCACAAUGGACUGAGCCAUACUUUCAGGAUCCAGAAACUUCUGGAAUCACUAUCGGAUCUUUCGAUGGCACCACACUGCAGAUGCAAAUGGACGAGGAAAUAUCUCCUCAACCCUUUGAUUUCCUCAUCUUAACGUACUCAGGCACAACAGCGCCUACGAUAUCCUGGAUCUUCGGCGAUGACAUUCGCUUCGGGGCGCUCUUUGAGCGUCGUGACAACGUGUGGGCAUUGAGAAUAACUCGAAGACAGGACUACGAGACACUGAAUCUCCUGCAGUACAUCCUGGAGAUUGUUGUUGGCUCCACGAGAAUGACUGUCUACUGUGCCAUCAACAAUUUGAUAGACACCGAUCCAAUUGUCACGCUCCUUUACGAUGGGCCUUGUGUUGCCAAAGAACUCGAAGCUGACUUAGACACCGAAUGCCACGUUCAUGUCCACGAUCCGGACUCUUUGGAGAAUAAUGAGCUAACAUACGCACUCAUAGGCAAUAAUAGAGAGAAUGAAUUAUUUUCUCUCCGGGAAAUCGCCUCUGAUGACUAUUCUAAAACAUACACGCUGAUUGUUGUUCAGGAGCUUCGUUUUGAGGAACGCGAGGUGUACAACUUCAGGUCGGUCUUCACAGACUCCGGAGACAAUACGGGAGAAGUGAGAAUCGUGCUGGAGGUUGACGAUGUGCCCAGCCUUCCGCCUCGAUGGGUGAAACCCUUCUCAACUGAGAACUUUGACGAAAAAACUCCCCAAACUUUCGACGUGAUCGCCAUUGAUGGCGACACAGGAAUUAAUAUCCCGAUUAAGUAUCGCCUGGAGUUCCCUCUUGACCAGGACUGGUCGCAAUACGAUCUUGUGAGCAUCGGCGAGGACAGUGGAGUGAUUUCUGUGCAGGCCAUCAAUCGAGACGAGCUGAAACAGGAAGUCUUCACUUUCACUAUAAUUGCUUAUAAAGCCAACGAUGAGAAUUGGUUGAUCGACGGUCAAGCAGUUCUUAUCGUAAACGACUUGAAUGACAACUACCCAGAGAUUUUCCUCACUCCAGAGACAGUUGAAAUCCCUGAGUCAACAUACACGCAACUCCCAUUCACAACUUUUCUCAUCAAUGACAUCGAUUUGGGCCCCCAUGCCACAUAUUCUGUGGAAAUGUUGGCUGUUGGCGAAGAGGAUGUCGAGGACUACCAGAAGGCCUUCACAAUAAUCCCCAAUACUGGCUAUCAAGACACCUCCUUCCUUAUCACAGUGUCCAAUGCCACCUUUUUGGACUACGAGGAUCUCACAUGGCGAGAGUUUCAAAUGAGAAUUAUUGCCACUGAAGUGGACUAUCAAGAUCGCCAACGAGAGCAACUCAUUAGAGUGAGUUUAACCAACUGGAACGACGAGGUGCCGGAAUUUGAGCAUCAUCAGUACAUUGUGGAGGUCCUGGAGACUGAAGGAGCCGAAUAUUUCCUGUCACAAGUUCAGGCUAUCGAUCGUGAUGUUGAUGAUGAAGUUUUCCACUCAAUUGUAGGCACUCUGGGUUCCCAAUUCUCCUGCUCUCAAGCUGGUGAAGUGUCAAUAGCCGAAAACAACGUGCUGGAUUACGAGAGACAGACAAAUGUGGUCAUCCAGAUCCAGGCCAGAGACUCCCUAAUCACAGGACAUCCAGGAGAGACUCUCCACACAGUUUACACUCAAUUGGAGAUUGUCGUGCUGGACGUGAAUGAUGAAACGCCAGAUCUUCGAAUGCCUCGCAUGACUCCGAGAAUCCUCGAGAAUUCUCUUGCUGACACCGUCGUCACCACCGAGAUUUUGGCCACAGAUCCCGACACCACAGCCGAUCUGGAGUUCUGGAUCGACUGGGAAGCGUCUUAUGCCACAAAAUCCGGUCAGGAAGCAGAAAAAUCCACAUAUGAGAAUUGUUUCAUCAUUGAGAAACACCCUGAGAGCAUUAAUCGUGUGUUGGGACAUUUAAAAAUUAAUCCAGAUUUUCCCCGCGACAUCGAUUAUGAGAUGUACGAGGUGAUAUACCUGACGAUCAUGGUUGAAGAUCGAAAUCAGGCAGUGAAUUUGGGUGUUGCCGAAGCAAUCUUGACAGUCAGAAUUGAGGAUGUGAACGACAACCCGCCACUGUUCGUCGGAGACACUCUGAACACGCUGAGAAGUGUUGUCGAAGAGGCUCUGGCCGGCACUCUGAUCGGCACGAUCGCAGCUGAGGAUAUUGAUGGGCCAGAAUACAACCAAAUCACGUACUCAAUCCAAGCGGUUGAGGAGCAAGGAACAACGCCAGGAUGGGUGAGGAUCAACCCAACAACAGGAGUGAUCGAAGUGGAAGCUGAUCAAGCGAUCGAUUGCGAUGAACCUCCUCUGCAGCACCUAGAAUACGUCAUUACCCUAACAGACGGUUUGCACGUCACAAAUGGGAAUAUCCUCAUCGAGAUGAUCGACACGAACAAUAAACUUCCUCAAGAAGCAUCUUUCGAGAAGUCUAUUCAGAUCUACGAAAACAUGACUGAAGGUGUCUUCGUGAGGAUCCAGGCGACGGAUAAAGAUCGAGAUUCUCCCCACAACUUUGUCUGGUACAUGAUUGACUACGAAUCCAUCAGGGAGUUGCAGAAUCUCUUCGAGAUCAACCCCGAAUCCGGUGAUUUGAGUGUUCGUCUCUUAGGAGGAGCAGAAUUGGACAGAGAUUUCGGUCCUGAAAGCCACUAUAUCCCUAUUAAAUACGAAGAUAACUACCUAGGGAACGGAAGAACAAACUCCGAUAAUACUUAUGUGACUGUUUACCUGUUGGAUGUUAAUGAUAAUGCUCCUAGAAUGCCAACUCCUUCUGCAUUCCAACCAGUUGUGGCUGAGAACAUAGGAGUUGAUUACAACCUUCGAACUCUCAUCACUUCCACAGAUGCUGAUGAUCCAGAAACCCCAAAUUCUCAAGUCUCCUACAGAAUCCUAUCGAUCGAACCUGGAGAGAACCACGCAAAUCCCAUCCCUGACAUGACAGAGGCUUUUGGAAUUGUAAGUGAUCGUGGAACCAACACUGGAACGUUGGUUGUCAGGAGUGACUUGAGAGGAUGCUACGGCACCUGGAAGAUCACAAUCGAGGCUUACGAUCAUGGUGAUGAAUGGGAUUCUCAAAUCAGUUUGAGCUCAACAGAGACCUACGAUCUCAGGAUUGAUCCUUACAAUUAUCACAGUCCAUCGAUCAUUUUCCCUGUGCAAGGCAGCACAAUUCGCCUGAGAUUCAACGAUGCCUACGUGAAUUCUCCUCUCUUGAUGACCAACGGCGUUCCCCUAGCUCCAUUCGAAGCCUACGAUCCUGAUGGCGGAGACCUAGGCGACGUCAGCUUCUCCUUCACAGGGAGCGCUAAUGGUGAAGAUCAUUUGGUCUUCAGAUUUGAUAAGGAAGAUCGCGAAAGGUCCAACUUGAGAAUCAUUGAACUCAUUCAGAGUCGCACGUACAGUGUGAAUCUUCAAGCUCGAGACGGUGGAGGAUCAACUAAGGAUCUCAAUGAUUUGAGAAUCAUUUUUGUGGAUAUUCAAGGCGAGCCCUUCUUCAACGACCCUGUUUACCAUGCUAAGUUUACAGAAAACACACCAGGAAUGGCAGAAUCACUUGUCCUGCCUGAAGCUGAGGAUCCUAAAAACGAAGGAGUCACAAAUCCUGAGGAGAUGUUCUCCAUCUACUAUUUCAUCUACCCGGAAUCUGAUUACUUCAGUCUUAAUCCCGAAACCAGAGUCCUAACUCUAAAACAGCCCUUGAAUCGUGAAGAUGAAGAUGUUCACACCGUUAAUGUCAUUGCUACAAACAAUCGCGACGGACCAAUUUCUUGGACGUCCAGCUCUAUCCUCGAGAUCCAGGUCGAGGUGGAAGAUAUCAACGACAAUCCUCCUGAAUUUGAACUGGAUCACUACGGCGUCGGGAUCACAACCAGUGACUUUGUCACAAAGGCUCUGCUCACAGUUGUCGCCACUGACCCAGAUUUAUCUGAUCAGGGUCAAUUGAUCUACUACAUCUUGACAGACACCAUUGUUGCUUAUGGGAACAAUCUUGAGGGUAUCAAGAACGAUGCCUUCACAAUGGAACCAACUUCGGGAAUUUUGAGGCUAAAUAGGGCUAUUGACGACACACACACAGGAUACUUUGAAUUCCAGAUCGAAGUCAGGGAUUCAGAGACAGGCUUUGGGCCUCACACUGACCAAGCCAAUGUGAAGAUCUACAUUAUUGCUGAGUCCAACAGAGUGUCUUUCAUCUUCCUAAAUAUGCUGGAUGACGUCAGGGCAGAGGAGAAUUACAUCAGAGCUGUAUUUACACAACGCUUCGGUUUUGACGCCAAUAUCGAUGACAUCGAGAGGCGUUCUCAGAACGAUAAUCAGACCGUUGUGCGCUGCCAUUUUAUUGAGAAUUCAGAGGCAAUUGACGGAGACGUAAUUAGAGCGCGCAUUGUUGAUCUGGAUUUCAUUCAGGCUAUUCAGAAUGAUCUUACGGCGCGAGGACUCUUCCUGAAUGGUUACGUUCCAACAGAUCCUGAAAGUGGUGAUCCUCAGGACUCUUUCCAAGCUCUAUUGAACAUCAUCCUGAUCGUUGUCUGUGCGGUUUUGGGCGUUGUAUGUGUGGUCUUGGGCAUCGCCUUCUAUCUGAGAAGUCGCAGUCUCAAUAGACAGCUGAAGGCGCUCUCAACGACUAACUUUGGCUCAGUGUCGUCCAAUUUGAAUCGAAUGGGCGCACCCACAACCAAUAUAUUUGCCACCGAGGGCAAAAAUCCCGCCCUGAACAACCAAGACUUCACCCGGGAUUACAUGUACGACACCAAGAGCGUUCAGUCUGACGAAUCUGACUUUGUGGGCAUCGACAAGGAUCCCACAUUUAUGCCCUACACGAAGAACAUCAGUCUGGAUUCCGACAGCGUGAACCGAUUCGGCGCCAAGAGUCUCAAUCCAAUGGUCGAGUCCAAGCGAGACGAUGAUUACACGAGAUUUUAGAUAUAAUAAAAGUGAGGGCAGAUUUAUUACCUUA